AUGGUAGCAUAGAUAUUUCAGAUGAAUUUGAAACACAAAAUCUUCUUCAAUUUUAUAAAUUAAGAAAUAUUAUUGAUCAAGAAGAAUCUUUUGGCUACGAUCAUGGUAUAUUUCUUGGUCCAAAAUCAGAAAAUACCAUUUUACAAAAUAAUAUUUUAGAUCUUUUAAUCGAAUUUUAUAACAAUGGAGUAACAGGUUAUCAAUUUACCACUUCAGGAGAUAUAUCAGGAAUUGAUCAAAUAUCU